AUGCUUGCAAGAUAUGAGAAGGUGGAGAGUGCAGGUGGUGGUGUAUAAGUGGAGCACAUCUGCCAUCUCCCAGCUGUGUCGAAUGGUCCUGUCCUGAGCACAGUCUCCUCUUGGCCUCUCCCAUGGUAGAAACAGCAGGAUGUUGAUCUCGUUCCUUCUCCUGCUCCUUGCUACAGCUUGCAUGGCCUCCAUGGGUGUCGGACUAUGGGUCGUCGGCAACCACUUCCUCACCACAGACAUCCCUGCUGCCAUCAGCCAUCCAGUGAGACUGUGGGUCUUUAACUGCAUCUUCCAGCUUUUGAUAACAUGGGGGAUGAUUUUUGAGAAACUGAGAAUCUGCUCUAUGCCCCAGUUUGUCCGUUUCGUUCACGAUCUGCCGCCACUAAGGAAGCAUCCGGAUGUGGUGGUCAAGGACCUCCGGUUUGGGACAAUCCCCAUGAAGCUGUACCAGCCCAAGGCAUCCACAAGCUGUCUCAGGCCUGGCAUUGUGUUCUUCCAUGGUGGCGGGGGCAUCUUAGGGAGCCUGAAAACACACCAUGGCAUAUGCUGUAAUUUGUGCAAGAAGAGUGAUGCGGUGGUUCUAGCAGUUGGAUACCGCAUGAUGCCUAAGCAUAAGUUUCCAGUGAUAGUAACAGACUGCAUGGUGGGUACAAUCCACUUCUUGAAGUCCUUGAAUACGUAUGGGGUGGAUCCAGCCCGGGUCAUAGUCUGUGGUGACAGUGUGGGCGGGGCCGUGGCAACAGUCCUUUGUCAAAAGUUUGUGGACCGUUCUGAUCUCCCCAAGAUUCGUGCUCAGAUCCUCAUCUAUUCCACUCUCCAGAGCCUGGAUUUCCAGUCCCCUUCCUAUCAGCAGAACAAAAACAUUCCACUGCUCAGCCAGAAUUUGAUCUUUUAUUGUUGGUGUGGUUACCUGGACAUCAGCCCCUCCUGGAGAAGCGCUGUAUUGAAAGGCUCCCACUUGCCUGCGGAAGUCUGGGAAAAGUACAGGAAGUGGUUGGGUGCAGAAAACAUCCCAGACAAGUUUAAGAAGAGAGGUUACCUGCCUGUGUCCCGUGAGCCCCUGAAUGAGGCUGCCUAUCUGGAGACAAAAAUCAUUCUAGAUGUGAUGAACUCACCCUUGAUUGCAGACGAUGAAGUAGUGUCUCAGCUCCCUGAAGCUUGCAUCGUGAGCUGUGAGUAUGAUGUACUUCGGGACGAUUCGCUGUUGUACAAGAAGAGGUUGGAGGACCUGGGGGUUAGAGUAACUUGGCACCACAUGGAGGAUGGUUUUCACGGAGUGUUGACCACCAUUGACAUGAGCUUCUUUUAUUUCCCCUGCUCCUCGAGGAUUCUGGAUGCUGUGGCUCAUUUCAUAAAGGGGCUGUGACCAUUUUUCCUUCCUGCUGCAGUUGCAAAAGUAUGGAUUCUGCCAUCAUCUGGUUCUCAUCGAGGGUCCCUGUUGUUCAUGUAGGUGAUGCUGGGUAGGGCUGGGGAGAGUGUGGAGGUUACCAUGUCAUCUUACAUCAGGUUCUUGAAUCCUAGAAUGCAUGUCUCUGAUGUCUAAAAGGAGAACAGCAGAACAAACAGGUUUAGGGAAAGGGUGGGCUCUCUGUCCAUGAUCCAUGAUCACUGUCAGGGAAAAAUCGAGCUGACAUUCUUAAAUGACCAUUUGCAAAAGGGAAUGAACAAGUAAAGACCAUUCAUGGCCUCCUUGAGGGAGAGUUCAGGCUGCCCAGGCUGAUCCAGGCUGUGGGCAAUAGGAGUGUCUACUUGUCUGGGCCUUGGAAUAAGCUGGGAGCAUCAUGUGCAAUCUCAUGGGCCUCUUCCAAUCUGGCUCAGAGGGCAGGGGUCCUGAUGUCCUAGUACUGGGUGGUGGUGCAGAAACUGGUUUCAUCUUCCUCCUCUGGGUACAUGGUGACAUUUUCCCUGCCCUUUCUCUGUCUCUGAGCUCAGUCUCAACUGCCUGGACUGGAAGAGUGAAGAUGGAUUGAGUAGGUUUUCCAUGGUGGUUGACGCUUAGUGGUAGAUAAAAACAGACUGGAGCUCUUGGAGUCAAAGUCAGGCUUUCAGCCAAGGGCUCAUAAGCAAUAUUAUAUGUUGAAGGGUUAAUGCGGCCACAAUAGGGAAAGCAGAGAUGUGCCUGCAAACGGGACUCUCUGCCUGGGCUGAACGUGCUUACAAACAAGAUGUUCUGCCAAGGAGACUGGACACAGCCUUGAGUUUAAUGGUCCCUUGCAAAUAAGGGAACAUUCCCUUCCUGUGAUAAGGAGGAAGAAAGGGCUCUGGACAGACUCUGCAGUAAGCAGGAAUUUCACUCCCUUUUGCUGUACAAUAACAUUUAUGCACAUGCACUAUACUGAGAAGGCUUAGUCAUACAGUCUGGAAUUCUGCCCAGGGGGGCUAUAUAAAAGUAAACCGCAAGCUUGCUCGCUUGCGCAGUUCUUUUUCCUCCGG